AUGAUGAACAAUACCACGGACUGCGUCCUGUCAGAACCCCAGACCAUUGCGUCAGAUCUCUUGCCACCCAUUCUAAUCCUUGAGUUCAUCUUGGCUUUGCCAGGGAAUGCAGUGGCUUUUUGGGGUUUCUGCUGUCGCCAACAGCCCUGGACGUCCAACUUGGUGUACCUUGUGAACCUGAUGUUGUCUGAUUUCCUGCUGCUGAUAGGACUUCCUCUUCGCAUUGACACUUUGCUGCGUGGAGAGGAGUGGAUUUUUGGUGAUGCCCUGUGUCGUCUAAACCUCUUCAUGCUGGCUAUCAACCGCUCAGCCAGCAUUGCUUUUAUGACCGUUAUUACUGUGGAUCGCUACUUCAAGAUACUUUAUCCGUUCCACUCCAUUAGCCAACUGAGUGCGAGGCGUGCGGUGAUCUCAGUUUGUCUUGUGUGGAUUACAGUAAUACUUCUACGACUCCCCUUGCUCACGACCAGUUUGCUCAACAGUCAAAGCAAUGAUUCGUCUAAACUCAUGUGCCGCAGUUUCGGGAGAAACACGGCUCCCACUGGAGAAGUAUGGUUGCAUUACAUGCUCUAUCUGCUUGAGUUCCUCUUGCCUUUCUUACUUGUGCUUUUUUGUUCGGUAAGAAUCUAUUGUUUCCUGCGUGGCCAUCGGCUCCGGACGCACCGAAGGGUGCGGAGAGCCAUGCGGCUAGUCCUAAUGGUAAUAAUCGUGUUUUGUAUCUGCUUCCUUCCUAGCGUUCUGAGCGUCAUCGCGUCUCUCGCUCUACAAAGGUUACAACAUUGUGCCUCGCUCCUUAUUGCCGGUCAAAUGUUCAGCCUCUCCGAAGGCUUAACCUACCUGAACAGCGCCUUGGACCCCAUAAUUUACGGCUUCGCCAGCCCCAUCUUCCGCAAAGCUCUUAGGGCCUCUCUCAACUUUCUUGGCCCCUGGCGCACCCAGAUUAGCCAAGAAGUGGCCUACGUCUCUCCACAGACGAGAUCUCAGAAUGACCAAUGA